AUGGAACCAGGAAAUGAAACACAAAUUUCAAAGUUUCACCUUCUAGGACUAUCAGAGGACCCAGAACUGCAGCCCCUCGUAUUUGGGCUUUUCCUCUGCAUGUACCUAAUCACUGUGCUGGGGAACCUGCUCAUCAUCCUGGCCGUCAGCUCAGACUCUCACCUCCACACCCCCAUGUACUUCCUUCUCGCCAACCUGUCCUCUGUAGACAUCUGCUUCACCUCCACCACCAUCCCCAAGAUGCUAUGGAACAUCCAGACUCAGAGCAAUGUCAUAAGCUACGCAGGCUGCAUCACACAGAUUUAUUUUAUCAUACUCUUUGCUGGAUCAGAAAUCUUUCUCCUGAGUGUGAUGGCCUAUGACCGGUUUGUGGCUAUCUGCCACCCCCUGCACUACACAGUCAUCAUGAACCCCCAGCUCUGUGGACUGCUGGUUCUGGUGUCCUGGAUCAUGUCUAUCCUGAAUUCCUUGUUACAUAGUUUAAUGAUGUUGCGGUUGUCCUUCUGUACACACUUCCAAGUCUCCCACCUCUUUUGUGAACUCAUUCAGAUGAUCCAACUUGCCUGUUCUGACACCUUUCUUAAUAACUUGGUGAUGUAUUUUGCACUUGUCCUGUUGUGUGGUGGUCCUUUUGCUGGGAUCCUUUAUUCUUAUUCUAAGAUUCUUUCUGCCAUAUUUAGAAUAUCAUCAGCUCAAGGCAAGUAUAAAGCAUUUUCCACCUGUGCAUCUCACCUCUCCGUUGUCUCCUUGUUUUAUUGUACAUUGCUUGGUGUGUACCUUAGCGCUGCUGCUCCCCAGAUCCCCCAGUCAGGUACAGUGGUCUCUGUGAUGUACACGGUGGUCACGCCCAUGCUGAACCCCUUCAUCUAUACCCUGAGGAACAAAGACAUAAAGAGGGCUCUGAAGGGAAUCAUUGGGGUUCCAGUGAUGUAA